CCAGGCUGUGUCUUCCGGAAGAACGCUAUUGCUUUGCUCCAUAGUUAUGAUUGCAGAAGCUGUGGAAGAGGACACAACAAGCUUUGGAGGACUACAAUUGUGUCCACUAUUCGCUUCCGCGAGGCCCAAAUUAGCGUCCACUGUAUCGGCUAGACACCAUUGGCGUCCGGGCAAUCUGCAGGUGUCAUCCUCCGGAGCUCGGAUCGGCGGCUGGAUGAUCGAGAACGUGGGGGCUGGGAACCUCACAAAGGUGGAUCCAGCGAGUCCGAGUUGCCUGCCUCAUCGCCUCCUCUUCUGAUAUGUCCGAACAUCUUCGGACAUGCAGCAGCAGAACUCGGACUCGCCUGGCCUCGGGGUUCACAACCAUUAAAGUGCACGCUCGAGCUCGUGAGCGCGACUGCUUGCCGGCUGCCCUUGAUCAAUCGGGCUCAGCUCAACUGGUUCGCUAACUGAAGAGAAACAUUAGACGGUCCGGUUGCCUCGCUCGGCGGAUCCGCACCAGAAUCAUUCCAUCUCGAGCCAGCACGUGCACGCCACCGUCCGAGCGAUCUCGACUCCUCGUCCGCUCUGGUGUCACGAGGCUUGCGCAGGAGCUCGGAGCUCUUCGUUCUUCGUUCUGCACGGUUGUCGGUUCGAAUUCGAAUCGAAGGGAGAGUCCCAUACCUCGGAAUCUGAGGUUUAAGUGAAUUUAGGACCUCGAUGUUGAAACUUCGACCGGAAUUCUGAAACUUCUCGCUCCCAGAAACUGAGAUUUGUUCCUGUGAUCGCGAAGCUGAAGGCAGCAGCAGCUGCUGCUGGUCGAUCGCAAUUGCAGGGCAUUGCAGAACGUCCGCUCGGAAUUCCACCGAGCAGGAACAGGACUCAGAAGGAAAUAUCUUCGCGCUGCGGUCGGCGAUGGUCAUGGGCAUGGUCGCGAGUCGGCCGGUGCCAGGCUGAGCGAGAGGUCGGUCAUGAGCCAGUGCUGGAAGGGUUUAGGGUCCGACUGUCGGCUGAUCGAAAGCAAUCAUGUCUUCGAACGUGGUGAGCAAUCUGGCGAACCUUCUGCCCACAGGGAGCUAUCUGGCAUUCCAGACGAUGGCCCCGCUGUUCACCAACAAUGGCGAGUGCGGCUCGACGGAGAAAAUCAUGACCGCAAUUCUACUUCUGAUCUUCGCAAUCAUCUGCUGGACUCUGAGCUUCACGGACAGCAUCAACACCGAGGGAGGGCAGGUUUACUACGGCCUCGUCACCCACCGAGGCCUCUUCAAUCCUCAAUUCGCCAGCGCCAACACGAAACUCGAAGGCCUCGAUGGUUACUUCUACAGAGGAGGCUCGGAUCCCAACAAGUACAUCGUCAACACAUUCGAUAUGAUCAACGGAUUCCUCGUGGUCAUCACGUUCGCUUCUCUCUCGAUGCUCACAGCCCCCAUCACCACCUGCUACUACCCUACGAUUCCCAACACGGUCGCCAAGUGUGCUCCGAUUCUCGUCGCUCUCGUCGUGGGCAUGUAUUUUGCCUUCGCACCUCCGGCCAGAAACGGAGUCGGCUUCGCGAUCAUCAAUGGCAGGACUGAGCUGGUGAAGGAGAUGGACGAAUCCCCGAAGAACAUCAGUGCAAAAUUGCUGCUGACGAAAGGGGAUUCGAAGGAAAGCAGCCCGAGCUCUUCACCGAAGUCUCAGCCCACGGCCUCUCCUCGCCUGCUGACUCGACCCAAGGUCCCAGUGUAGCAAUUCACUUCGGUCUCUGGUUCCAAUUUCAUAGCGAGCUGCAGCGUUCGGCCAUCCACUUUUUGGAAAUUAUUCGAAUUUUGUGACCAUCAAUGGGUCGAUCAUUCAUUCACUUUCACAGUUUUGGGAGCUGCUGUCCAACUUUGUCUAAAGCUAGGCGUUCGAGUUCAGAUUUUGAGGCUUCCGCUUCACAAUUGGAUAAUCUGCCAGUUCAUUUGUCACUAUAAUCUGAACCUAUGGCUUAGAAUGCUCGUCAUGUAAUUAAUUUUCCCGAGAUUAGUCCGAAAUUCGAGAUGCAAAGCAGAUCUGAAUCUAGAACAUUUGUCGCUAUAGAGCUGCUAUUGAAAGUAUAGCUCAGUAGAGUACAAUUAGAGUCCAAUUAGAGUCCAACCAUUCAGCUAAGAUCAGUUCACACAGGGACGACGAGUGGUGUCGAUGAGCCUUCAAAGCUCUAGCUCAUGCGCAGCUCAAUCAUGGACACACCGUAGCUAAAAGAGCGGCAGUUGCUGCUCAUAUACGGUAACCACAAUGCUGAAAUAGACAUUUUGCCCGCACCAUCAAUUAUCGGGAGCGUAAGAAGAUCCGGUAAUUUUGCAGAUCCAUUUAUCAUUCAGUCAGUCAGGGUUCAGCUUACUU